AUGGAGACGGCUGACUCCGGGAAGCUUUUCAUUGGUGGCAUCUCAUGGGACAUGGAUGAGGACCGCCUUCGCGAGUACUUCGGCCGCUUCGGGGAGGUUACCGAGGCGGUCAGUAUGCGGGACCGCACUACGGGGCGCACCCGUGGGUUCGGGUUCGUGGUCUUUGCUGACGCAUUAGUCGCAGAGCGGGUCACCAUGGACAAACACAUGAUUGAUGGGCGCAUGGUGGAGGCAAAGAAGGCCAUUCCCAGGGACGACCACAGUAUCGUGAGCAAGAGAAAUGCCAGCAGCACAGGAUCAUCUGGACCAAACCAUACUAGAAAGAUCUUUGUUGGAGGUCUGCCCUCAAAUGUUACAGAAGCCGACUUCAGAAGGUGUUUUGAGCAAUUCGGCGCCAUAACAGAUGUGGUUGUGAUUUACGACCGCAGCACGCAGAGACCGAGGGGCUUUGGAUUCAUCACCUAUGAUUCAGAAGAUGCUGUGGACAAAGCUCUGCACAAGAGCUUACAUGAGCUGAAUGGUAAAUUGGUUGAGGUUAAGAGGGCUAUUCCAAAAGAGCAGUCUCCUAGACCUGUCGCGCGCUCGCCUGCACGAGUGGGCCAGAACUAUGCUACCAACCACUUCCUGAAUGGCUUCAACCAGGGUUACAACAUGAACCCCAUAGGAGGUUAUGGCAUGAGAAUGGAUGGAAGGUAUGGUAUGCUUCCAGGUGCAUGGAAUGGAUUCUCCUCAUUUGUUCCAGGUUUUGGGAUGGACAUGAAUGUUGGAGGUUGGUUGAGCGGACCAUUUGGUCCAAACUAUGGUUUCAUCAACAGUUCCAAUGGGAUGCAAAUGGGUCCAUAUUACAAUGGAUGUUCGAACAGAAUGGGUGGUCCUAUUGGGUACCUUGGUCUUAAUGAUCAUUCAGGACCAAUGUUGAGUUCAAUGUCUAGGAGUGUUUGGGGUAAUGGGAAUUUAAACUACCCAGGCAAUCCUACAGACAUGGAUGCUUUUUCUUCACCUGGAAAUGGAGGUCAAGUCAGUAUUAUUGGUGAUAAUUGGGGAGGUCUCCCUUCUGCUCGUGGGACGGGCAACAUUUUAAGCCUUGGGUCAGGUAAUCUUGGCCCUGGAGUUGGAGAUAAUAAUUCUGGUUUGCCUUCUGGCAGAUAUGAGAGGAGCAACUCAACUGGUACAACUGGUGAGCCUUUCUCUGCAUCAGCAGGUAAUGCAUAUGAAGUGGACAACUCUGAAACAUAUGGUAGCAGCUCUAUUUAUGGUGGCACAACCUGGAGGUUUGCAUCAUCUGAGGUCGACUUGCCUUCUUUGGGCCAUGAUCUUGGAAACAUUGAUCCAGAUAUCAAAUCAGGCAUAUCAGCCAGUUACAUGGGCAACUAUACUGUUAACAACAAUCAGCCAAGCACAGGUCAGUUCCUGUUUCAACAUUUUUUUUUCUGA